GUUGUCUGGACAACAGCCACUUCCGGGGGCGGGGCUCAUCGAAUGCUCUCUGCCGGUGCGGCCUGGAUCAGCGGCCGUCCCAGACUGGGGACUGUGGACCCGGCAGCAGCUACUUAACGGGAGUGGACUGCGGGGUCUCCGCGCACUCCAGCUCCCCCACCCUCAGGCGCUGAUCUAGAGCGGCGGCCCGGCUCUAUGUUUAAUUGUUGCUCCUGGCGACAGCCACUUCCGGGAGCGAGUGCCGUUUCCCUUCCGCUGCGCGGGCGCCCGAGCCUCGGAUUUCGGUCUCCAAGCAGCGGUUAGUGCGUUGUAGCCGUUCGCCGCUCCGGCUGAAGUCGGCCGGCCGGGCCCGUGGGCCGCGCAUCUCGGGCCUUCAUAGCCUCCCCAACGCCUCGGAGGGGCCUCCGGGGCCGCCAUGGUUCUGCUGCACGUGAAGCGGGGCGACGAGAGCCAGUUUCUGCUGCAGGCGCCGGGGAGCACCGAGCUGGAGGAGCUUACGGUGCAGGUGACCCGGGUCUACAACGGGCGGCUCAAGGUGCAGCGCCUCUGCUCAGAAAUGGAAGAAUUAGCAGAACACGGCGUAUUUCUCCCGCCUAAUAUGCAAGGACUGACUGAUGACCAGAUUGAAGAACUGAAAUUAAAGGAUGAAUGGGGUGGAAAAUGUGUACCCAGUGGGGGUUCAGUUUUUAAAAAGGAUGAUAUUGGACGAAGGAAUGGGCAAGCACCAAAUGAAAAAAUGAAGCAAGUUUUAAAGAAGACUAUAGAAGAAGCCAAAGCAAUAAUAUCCAAGAAACAAGUGGAAGCCAGUGUCUGUGUUACGAUGGAGAUGGUGAAAGAUGCCUUGGACCAGCUUCGAGGUGCAGUGAUGAUUGUUUAUCCCAUGGGGUUACCACCAUACGACCCCAUCCGGAUGGAAUUUGAAAAUAAAGAGGACUUGUCAGGAACUCAGGCAGGACUCAGCAUCAUUAAAGAAUCAGAGGCACAACUGUGGUGGGCAGCCAAGGAGUUGAGAAGAACAAAGAAGCUUUCAGACUAUGUGGGGAAAAAUGAGAAAACUAAAAUUAUUGUCAAGAUUCAGCAAAGGGGACAGGGAGCUCCAGCCCGAGAACCUAUCAUUAGCAGUGAGGAGCAGAAGCAGCUAAUGCUGUAUUAUCACAGAAGACAAGAGGAGCUCAAGAAAUUGGAAGAAAAUGAUGACGACUCCUGUUUAAACUCUCCGUGGGCGGAUAACACUGCUCUGAAAAGACAUUUUCACGGGGUAAAAGACAUAAAGUGGAGACCACGAUGAAAUUCACCAGUUGAUGAAGCUUCCAAAAAUGUUAGCUCACCGUUCUUUUAGGCAAAAGAAUAAUAAUAAUAAAAAGGACACCUACCACCCUCUAUAAAAGAUGUUAAGAUUUCUAGUUUUCCUAGGUUUCUUCUAGUUUGAAUUUUUUAAAUAACGGUUAUUUGAGGCUUUAGAGUUUAAUAAAUACAUCUUUGAAAGAAAA